AUGCAGCCCGCUGGCCCCUGUUUUCCACUGUUCUUGUCACCUCUGUGUAGUGAAGCUCGCGAACCCCUUAGAGAGCAGGCGUCCCGCGCGGCCGUGGCCGCCGACGCCGCAUGGCUGCUCAAGCCCGGCGCCGGCCGCCCGCGCCGCCUCUCCGCCUACCAGCUGCUCAGCCUCCUGCGCUCCAAGGGAUUUCCGGAGGAUGAGGAGUCAAUAGUGGAAAAGUUUAUUCCGGGUCAAUUACGAAUAAUGGGCCUGCCCAUCUCCCUUCAUCUGUUUGUUCUCAUAACUUCCAUAGCGCCAUUGCGUGCAUACAUAUUUGACGAAGGAAUUGUUCAUUUUCGUCAUGGUGAAGAAAAGGGAUUUCGCAAG